AACAUAACAAGGUUGGUUGGUUUGUUCUUGACGUCACUAUUGCCUCUUCUGAGAAUUUUAGAAGGAUUAACUUCUUCUUCCUCGUUUGUAUCAUCAACUCGUUGUGAUGACUCACCCACAACUCACCAACUCGCUCUCUCUUCAUCAUCACAAUUUCAUUCCCAAUUACCGCUCCUUCUCUUCUCAAUCUCAAAUUCUCUGCAUACCUUCUUCUUCUUCUUCUUCUUCAUUCGCUAAACCCAAAUUCAAACCAAAACCGUUCCUCCGGUUCACUCGCCGAAUCUAUGAACCGGACCGUCUUCCUCCACUCAAUGCCCAAAAGGAGGAUUCGCUCUUGAAAUCUCAACCGCAGGUUAGUCAGCUUAGGAACAGAAUUGUUUUUGGCCUUGGGAUUGGGCUUUCUGCUGGCGGUAUUGUUUUGGCCGGAGGAUGGGUUUUUGCGGCAGCCAUGGCUGCAGUUGUCUUUGUUGGUGCCCGUGAGUAUUUUGAAUUGGUUCGGAGUCGAGGAAUUACAGAAGGAAUGACACCUCCUCCGCGAUACGUGUCACGAGUCUGCUCUGUCAUUUGUGCCUUGAUGCCACUUUUUGUCAUGUAUCAUGGUCAUAUUGAUGUUUCUGUGGCUUCUGCUGCUUUUGUUUUGGCCAUGGCAUUACUCGUGCAAAGAGGAAGUCCCCGUUUUGCACAGCUAAGCAGUGCCAUCUUUGGGCUAUUUUAUUGUGGAUAUCUUCCAUGUUUUUGGGUUAAACUUCGAUGUGGUUUAGCAGCUCCGGCCUUGAACACAAGAAUAGGAGCAACAUGGCCUUUUCUUCUUGGUGGUCAAGCUCAUUGGACAGUAGGUCUUGUGGCAACUUUGAUUUCCAUAAGUAGCAUCAUUGCCGCUGAUACAUUUGCAUUUAUUGGUGGCAAGGCAUUUGGCAGAACGCCACUUACUAGUAUAAGUCCAAAGAAAACAUGGGAGGGUACUAUUAUAGGAUUUUGUGGGUGUAUAGCUACAUCUGUUGUCCUGUCAAAAGUUUUCAGCUGGCCUGUAUCACCAUUAAGUGCAAUAGCUCUUGGCGUUCUGACUUUCUUUGGGUCCGUUUUUGGUGAUCUCACUGAAUCAAUGAUUAAACGCGAUGCUGGGGUGAAAGAUUCCGGCUCCCUAAUACCUGGUCAUGGUGGAGUACUAGACAGAGCAGAUAGUUAUGUUUUCACGGGUGCACUUGCAUACUCCUUUAUCAAAACCUUUCUGCCGCUUUACGGAGUAUGACAUUGAACAGUGCAAAUUGAGUGUAAAUAUAUAUCGAAACUCCCGGAUAUUUUACCUUGGAUCAGAGGACGAGAAUCACAUACACAAAAUUUGGAAAAUCUUGUUGAGUGGAACAGAUAGAAUUUUGUGAUGAUCAUCACUUCAUCAGAAAAGGAGCAGCAGGAAUUUCCUUCAUCAUUCCAAGACAAGGGACCAUUGUUCAAGUCAGUUUCCCAUAAAUGAUACACAAGGGUAUAAGGACCAAACAAGGGUAUCAUUUAUUGUGUUGUGACGUGUAAAUAGCCAUAAUUGGCUUUGAAAGAGAUAGAACGGUUGCAGUUGCUGUAACUAUUUUGAUGUAUGAGUUAGGCAGUUUUGAUAUUGAUACCAAAUAGUCUUGUUGUAUUUUUUUGGUGAUAAAAUUACCAUUCACAUAAUUAUAACUAUUGUAUUACAUUUUGAGUUCUA